UUGUAUAAAUAAUAAUUUUUAUAUUUAAUUUUAAUCUAAUAUUUAAAAUUAUCACAUUAAUUACAUUAAAUUUUGAUAAUAAACCAUUGGACUUAAACGAGGCAUAGAAAAGGGGAACAAACUUCUCCUCUUUCCAAUCCCUCCCUUUUCUUCCUUUUUCAUCAGAUGAUAUGCAAAUAAACACAAAAAUUUAGCUCUCGAAUUCAAAGCGAGAUAUCACGUUGUUUUUCUCAAAAUUUAUAACUAGAUUUCUAAAAAAUAGACGAUGCAAUCCACCGAAAAUAUUAUUGAAACUUUGGAAAGACCAGAUGAUUCAACCCUUGAUACGCUAAAAAAAAUUCCCAUUUACGAAAAUUGGCCGCCUUCCAAACAUCUCUCUCACGCUCCCAGCCAUAUGCCAGAAAAUAAUUCUAGAGCUGAAAACGGUAAAACUCGAAAUAAUAAAGACCCUCCAGAAAGUGAUAAUACCUUGGGAAGCUUAACAUUAAGAGAUAUAACAAAUAGUUAUAACGUUUCCACUAAAGAUUGCCCAAUACCAGAGCUGAAGUCUAGAAGAAUUAGCCAAAAUUAUUCUAACCUAUCUCAAUUCGUGAAAAAAACGCUAGGCCAAAGCGUGUUCAACUACGGCAAACCCGAUGACAAGGACAACGGAAACAACCACGAUGACGAUUUCAUAGUUUUAUGUAAGGACUCUCACGCCAUCUCCCCCAUACGGGCUCGCGAGUUGCGCAGUGCUGCAAGCGCGAUGAAUAAAACCAGCCCGGCUCAUUUCAAAUCCGGUGACUGCAAGAACGAAAUGGUAGUAUUUCCCCAUUUCCCAGAAAAAAAUUCCAACCCCCAUCGGCGGGUAGUUAAUGUUGAGGAGACAAAUCCAGAUCAAAAUGCAGGAUAUACCGAUUACGAAUGCGACAGUGAAGGCCGAGAAAAAUACCUGAUUACUUCACUCGAUUCGUGGGGUGAUUUCACAUCUUCUCCUCAAAAGUUUCAGGAAAUGAUUGGAUCUCCGAUUACCAAUAAAGAUAACAUCCUGAGAAUCAAGAAUGCUUCUCCUAACCAACAAGACGAGCAACAAAAAUCUGACAGUACUACAACUAUGAGUAAUUCCAUAUGGGACAAUAAAUUCGGAAAACGAUUUUCGGCCCUCUUACCCAAGGACACUACCCGAAUCAAAAGUUUUAUUGAAUACAUAGGAGACGGCAUCAAUAAAUCCAUCAAUAUGAAUGUUGCAGGGCAGACUCUAAUAUUUCCUCUACGCCAUCACGUUCCCAACCGUAAAAGUAUGAGCACUCACGAGAUUAAAGUAAAUUUCGGCAUAGAGGAUAACGGAAAUUUUAUCGACCGUAAAAACGUCGACAAAAAUAAUGCGUCCAAAGACUCAUUAUAUUCUAACGAUAUUCAACUUAACGAAAAGUCAUCUAAUCAUAAUUCUGAUACGGAUGCCAGCUGGCAAACCGAUUGGGAGGAGGAAGAAGAUAGGAACGAAGGCCACGAUGAGGCCCCCUUCAACCAAAAUCAACGACCGAAUAAGAAACGCGUAAGAAAUACCGCGAAAUUUGAAGCUCGAGUUACAAAUAUCGAUACAAUCGGUGGGAAGGUGGAUGAUCAUUCUGAUAGGGUGAUCAAUGGUUUAGAGCUCGAACGCGAGAACGAUGAUUCUCUCCAAACAAAGAACGGCGGUAAAAAUACGACGAAAUCUGAAAGCCCGGGCAGGGCAACAUUUGCCCAUUCUCAAAACCCUUCUAACUACUCCGUUAGACUCAAGAGCGAUAAAAGCAAUUUGAGCAAUUUCUUCUCGUCCCUGACUUUGAGAUCCAAAAAUCCAGGAAGGAUGAAUAAUGGCGAUAUGCACGAAAACCCGGAAUCUAUCAAUAUCAAAAGUUCCAAAAGAAAAUACCUGAACCAAGAAUUGAUAGCCUUGUUCGAGAACAAGGUAACAAAUUUUUCUUCUAAUGCUAAGACACCCUCCCAAGAAAGCGACAUAAAAAAUUCUGGCUCGAUGAUGACUCCAGGAACUAAAAUGGAGUCCUUCAAAAUUCCUGAUUCAACCGACAACGCUAGAAAUUUAUUAAACACCCCAUCCAUCAUUCCACAUGAAGGCAUCUACGACACGCGAAUGGCGCAGUCUUCCAUAUAUUCCGAUUACAUAUGUUUAAACGAUUCGAAAAAUAAUGUAGCACAUAACAACACCCGUGACACCAAGAUUAAAUCCAAAUCAUUUUUCGAGGCUUUCAUAGCUAAGAAAUCCGCUAAAAAGAUGGAUAAUUUAACCCUUCAAACCAAUCACCAUUCCUUCGAUAAUUUCGAAGACAAGUUCAAUUUCAAGCCUCUGCGGCAUCACUCAUCGAUUUCUAAUAUAAACAAUAAUAUGAUUGGUCACAAUAAAGAAUAUAACCACGUGACUCAUUGCACCUUCGCCCAUCGUUACCGAAAAAACCCGAAUAAAGUUGUUCGCGAUAACGUGUCGAAUUCAAUAUGCGAUAUCAACACCCAUUUUUUCACGCCGAAUUCCCUGAAUCUCGAUAUGAUAGCCCGAAGUAAAAUAAACGGGUAUAGUAAGUUGAGCCGAGCCCAAAGCGCUAAUUGUUUAGAUGAUGACGCUAAGCCGGCGCUGCCCGAUUCGACCCAAUUGAAAUCUCUCCAUCUUAAGAAUCUCGCCAAACCGGAAACUCCUAGCAUCAUAUCUCCAGUGCGUGGUAGUUUUAAUUUUAUCGAUAGUACCACCAAAAAUGACGAAUACACGAUGACCGGUCAACCCAAAUAUCAGCUGUUUAUGUCUCCCCCGUAUUACGAAAAUUAUGAACAGUUCCGCGAUUAUAUAAUCGAAAAUUAUCAACGUCUAAAUGAUCCUGCUCUCCAUGACGGUUCCCAUCGACAACUACGAAAAUGUCGCCAAAACAGAUCACGUGUCUUAUUAUCAAUCUUCGCCAUUGGCCAAUCCGACAACAAACGAUGGUUCCAACUUCGAAAGCGGCGAUAAAAGCGAUAGGUUUAAAAAGGAAGACGAUUUUACGGUAGCGAAGGAGAAGGACUGCACUAGACGGGCCCAAAAAAUGCAACAAUAUUAUGAGCCAAAUAGUCUCAACGAUUCCGUCGAAAAGCGCCAAAAAAAUUAUGAGCGUCC